CAAAGGUCGCAAAUCGAAGAAGACUAUGGCGAACGACUCUUGAAACUUUCACAGCUGAUUGUCGGACAAGCAGAAGAAGGCACGCUUUCUGAAUCAUUAUCACAUAUCCCGAGCGCCCUUGAAACUACGGGUCGCGCCCAUCUGGAUUUGGCUCAGCAAUUAAAAUACCAUUUGGAGGCUCCACUAGAUGGAUUUCUUAAAGAACAACGCGACAUGAGAAGACUGCAUCACCAACAAAUAGAAAAUGCAAGGCAACUCAAAAACAUGCACCAUACCAACGCAAUCAAGGCCAAGGAGUUCUAUACUGCGGAAUGCACCAAAGUUGCUGGUAUGGAGAAGUAUCUACGUGAACGAGGCUUUGAGAUGGCAGCGGAUGAAGAAGAAAUCGAAGAGGGCAAAAAGAUGGUGAAUGCGGCAGAGCAAGAGUAUAGACGUGCAAUCGAAGUACUAGGAUCUGUCACGAACGACUGGGUCGAUAGCUGGAAGACAACGUGCGAUACUUUCCAAGAAAUGGAGGAGAAGCGUAUACAAUAUGUUAAUGGCAGCCUGCGCUCAUUCUCGAGUAUGAUGUCGAGCGUUUAUCUUGUUGAUGAUCAGUGCUGCGAACGUAUUCGUACAACCUUGGAACUUACAAAUGUCCAAAGCGACAUUGAAGAGUUUAUCACGAGAUACGGCACCGGCAAAGAAAUUCCUGGUAAGACAGAAGGGAACACUUUUCCAGGUAACCCAAGAGGGAUGGGAUGA